UGGCAAUCUGUGGACAUCCAGGAGAGAUUCCUUGGGUGGGAAGAAGAUCAUGUCUCUUCUGCAGCUUGUUGAAUCUACUGCUGAUGCAUGACUGAAAAGUCUGCUCCACUGCUAGUCCCCUGGGUAUCAGCAGAGCCUUUACAACUACAUCUGUGUAAGCUGAGGACCCCAGCAGCCAUCAGCUCUCCUGUGGGGAGCAGUUGAAGUCAUAGCAUUGUCCUGAUAUCCAAAAUGGUUCUGCACAGCCACCAGCUCACCUGCGCAGGGAUCGUGUUCGCUCUGUGCCUCCACCACCUCAUCAGCGCCAUCGAAGUCCCUCUGGAUUUGCCUCAGCCCCCCACCAUCACCAAGCAGUCCGUGAAGGACUACAUCGUUGACCCCAGGGACAACAUCUUCAUUGAAUGUGAAGCCAAAGGGAAUCCUGUUCCCACCUUUUCCUGGACACGGAAUGGGAAGUUCUUCAAUGUGGCAAAGGACCCCAAAGUGUCCAUGCGGCGGCGGUCGGGGACGUUGGUCAUUGACUUCCAUGGCGGGGGGCGGCCGGAUGACUACGAGGGCGAGUACCAGUGCUUUGCCCGGAAUGACUAUGGCACCGCACUGUCCAGCAAAAUCCACCUCCAGGUGUCCAGGUCUCCCCUGUGGCCCAAGGAGAAGGUGGAUGUCAUUGAGGUUGACGAAGGUGCUCCGCUCAGCCUGCAGUGCAACCCGCCUCCCGGCCUGCCUCCUCCCGUCAUCUUCUGGAUGAGCAGCUCCAUGGAGCCCAUCCACCAGGACAAGCGUGUCUCCCAGGGCCAGAACGGUGACCUGUACUUCUCCAACGUCAUGCUGCAGGAUGCCCAGACCGACUACAGCUGCAAUGCACGCUUCCACUUCACCCACACCAUCCAGCAGAAAAAUCCCUACACCCUCAAGGUGAAAACCAAGAAACCCCAUAACGAAACGUCCUUACGAAAUCACACUGACAUGUACAGUGCCCGAGGGGUUACAGAAACAACACCCAGCUUCAUGUACCCGUAUGGGACCUCCAGCAGCCAGAUGGUGCUCCGAGGGGUGGACCUCUUGCUGGAGUGCAUUGCAUCAGGAGUACCAGCACCAGACAUCAUGUGGUACAAGAAAGGAGGUGAGCUCCCAGCAGGCAAAACCAAGCUGGAAAACUUUAACAAGGCCCUUCGUAUCUCCAAUGUCUCGGAGGAAGACUCUGGGGAGUAUUUCUGCCUGGCAUCCAACAAGAUGGGCAGCAUCCGCCACACGAUCUCGGUGAGAGUGAAGGCUGCCCCAUAUUGGCUGGAUGAGCCACAAAAUCUCAUUUUGGCCCCUGGUGAGGAUGGCAGGUUGGUGUGUCGAGCCAAUGGGAACCCCAAGCCUUCAAUCCAGUGGUUGGUGAAUGGAGAGCCCAUAGAAGGUUCUCCCCCCAACCCAAGCAGGGAGGUGGCUGGAGACACCAUUGUGUUUCGAGACACGCAGAUCGGCAGCAGCGCUGUGUACCAAUGCAAUGCUUCUAACGAGCACGGCUACCUCCUUGCCAAUGCCUUCGUCAGUGUCCUGGAUGUGCCACCACGGAUACUGGCCCCUCGGAACCAGCUCAUCAAAGUCAUCCAGUACAACAGGACCCGAUUGGACUGCCCCUUCUUCGGCUCACCCAUCCCCACCCUGCGAUGGUUUAAGAACGGCCAGGGGAACACGCUGGAUGGAGGGAACUACAAGGCGCAUGAGAACGGGAGCUUGGAGAUGAGCAUGGCUCGGAAGGAGGAUCAGGGCAUCUACACCUGUGUUGCCACCAACAUCCUGGGCAAAGCGGAGGCCCAGGUUCGCCUGGAAGUCAAAGACCCCACCAGGAUUGUGAGAGGCCCUGAGGAUCAGGUGGUGAAGAGGGGCUCCAUGCCUCGCCUGCACUGCCGCGUGAAGCACGACCCGACGCUGAAGCUCACGGUCACCUGGCUGAAGGACGACGCGCCCCUCUACAUUGGGAACAGGAUGAAAAAAGAAGACGAUGGUCUGACAAUAUACGGUGUGGCUGAGAAAGACCAAGGCGACUACACCUGCGUGGCCAGCACGGAGCUGGACAAGGACUCAGCUAAAGCCUACCUCACUGUGCUAGCAAUCCCUGCUAACCGUUCAAGAGAAUUACCUAAAGAGCGACCUGACCGGCCCCGGGACCUGGAGCUGUCAGACCUGGCCGAGAGGAGCGUGAAGCUGACGUGGAUUCCUGGUGAUGACAACAACAGCCCCAUCACAGAUUACAUCGUCCAGUUUGAGGAGGACCGCUUCCAGCCCGGCACGUGGCACAACCACUCCAGGUAUCCCGGGAACGUCAACUCGGCCGUCCUGAGGCUCUCUCCUUACGUCAACUACCAAUUUCGGGUGAUUGCCGUGAAUGACGUGGGCAGCAGCCUGCCCAGCAUGCCCUCGGAACGAUACCAGACCAGCGGGGCACGACCUGAAAUUAACCCAACAGGAGUUCAAGGAGCAGGGACCCAAAAAAACAACAUGGAGAUAACCUGGACGCCUCUGAAUGCAACGCAAGCGUAUGGGCCCAACCUCCGGUACAUCGUGCGAUGGAGGAGAAGGGACCCGCGUGGGAGCUGGUACAAUGAGACAGUGAAGGCACCACGGCACGUGGUCUGGAACACACCCAUCUACGUCCCCUAUGAGAUCAAAGUGCAGGCAGAGAAUGACUUCGGUAGAGGACCAGAGCCUGAGACCUACAUUGGCUAUUCAGGGGAAGAUUAUCCCAAGGCUGCGCCCACGGAUGUUAGGAUCAGAGUUCUAAACAGCACUGCCAUUGCUCUGACAUGGACCCGCGUGCACCUGGACACCAUCCAGGGACAGCUUAAGGAGUACAGAGCCUAUUUCUGGAGAGACAGUAGUUUGCUGAAGAACCUGUGGGUCUCCAAAAAACGGCAGUAUGUGAGUUUUCCUGGAGACCGAAACCGGGGCAUAGUGUCCCGGCUGUUCCCUUACAGCAACUACAAGCUUGAGAUGGUUGUAACCAACGGGAGAGGCGAUGGGCCCCGCAGCGAAGUCAAGGAGUUCCCCACACCUGAAGGAGUGCCCAGCUCCCCCAGGUACUUAAGAAUCCGACAGCCAAAUCUGGAAAGCAUCAAUCUGGAGUGGGACCACCCAGAACAUCCCAAUGGAGUCCUCACAGGAUACAACCUUAGAUAUCAAGCCUUUAACGGAUCCAAAACGGGCAGAACCCUGGUAGAGAACUUCUCUCCCAACCAGACAAGGUUCACCGUGCAGAGGACAGACCCCAUCUCGCGCUAUCGAUUCUUCCUGCGUGCUCGGACACAGGUGGGAGAUGGAGAAACCAUAGUAGAAGAGUCACCGGCACUGCUGAAUGAAGCCACGCCAACCCCAGCUGUGACCUGGUUGCCUCCACCUACAACCGAGCUAACUCCAGCAGCCACAACCGCCACCACUACCACCACCGCCACCCCUACUACUGAAACCCCUCCUACCGAAAUCCCUACCACCGCCAUCCCUACCACCACCACCACUACUACUACAACCACCACAGCCGCCAGCACCGUCGCAAGCACUACAACAACUGCAGAGAGGGCUGCGGCAGCCACCACAAAACAGGAGCUGGCCACCAAUGGAUCGUCCAUAUGGGACAUAAGAGCUUGGGCUAAUAGUAACUGGGCAAACAUCACCUGGAGCCACAAUUACUCUGCAGGAACUGACUUUGUGGUUAAGUAUAUCACCAGUAACAAGACAGAGAAAUCUAUCCCCGUUAAAGCUCAGACCCCCUCCUCUGUGCAGCUGGCCAAUCUGACGCCGGGGAUGGUGUACAAGCUGUGGGUGUUCCCCAUAUGGUCUAGCCCCAGCGAGCACUCGUACAUAACCUUUACCACCAGCUCAGCCUACACCAAGAACCACGUGGACAUCGCGACCCAGGGCUGGUUCAUCGGGCUGAUGUGUGCCAUUGCUCUCCUGGUCCUCAUUCUGCUGAUCGUUUGCUUCAUUAAGAGGAGCAGAGGAGGGAAAUACCCAGUGCGCGACAACAAAGAUGAGCACCUGAAUCCCGAAGACAAGAACGUAGAAGACGGCUCAUUCGACUACAGGUCUCUUGAAAGCGAUGAAGACAACAAACCACUGCCCAACAGCCAGACCUCCCUGGACGGCACGAUAAAGCAGCAGGAGAGCGACGACAGCUUGGUGGACUACGGAGAGGGCGGGGAAGGGCAGUUCAACGAGGAUGGCUCCUUCAUUGGCCAGUACACAGUGAAAAAGGACAAGGAGGAGACAGAAGGCAACGAGAGCUCGGAAGCCACAUCCCCAGUCAAUGCUAUCUACUCAUUAGCAUAGCGCAACGCAAUGGGACCACAAACAGCCUUUGGGGCUUGCAGUGGCUGGGGGUUAAACAGCCACCGCCAA